GGCUUAAAAAUUAUGCAUGAACAAUUUAGUAAUAAAGUGACGCGAGUCAGAGCAACAUGUUUAAGAAAGAAAUAUUUAAAUAUUUAAUUUCUUUUGUUGUGAUACUGAGUGUGAACAAUGUAAGGGGACAAAGUGAUAAGUUGGUUUUAAAUUUGCCAAAAAUACAAACAGAAAAUCUACAAGUCUACAGUAGCGAUAAUAAAGAAUAUCAAGUGAGCUUAAUACUACCCAACAGUGAACGCUCUGAACUAAUCAAACUAGAUCCAGUAGAUGGUCAAGUUGUGGUUAAAGGUUCCAUUAAUACCUAUUACCCUGAAAGUAAUACCAAUCUAUUGGUUAAUUAUGUGGCAGAUAAAAAUGGUUAUCGCGCUUCUUAUAAAAUAACCAACACACCCUCAAUACCUUCCAUUACCUUCGAUACACGUUUAUCCGGCAAUGAUUUGAAAACUUUAGCUGGUUAAAUUUUCAACUUUAAAUAAUCUCUAUACAUUAAGUAGUAUCCCCAAAAUAUAAUCUUAAUUACAUGUUACAAUUUUUUUUUAAGUAUUUCUAAGUUAGUUUUUACUAUAAAUAACUCCGUAUCACAUUUUAUUUGUUUGCGUACAAAUAUAUACAAAUUAUAAAA